CUUCAGCAGACAAUCCGUACUUUAAAAUUCAAAGUAGUUUGUUAACUAUUCUACAACAAGACAAUUUAUUUACCAUAUGAUUAGUGUACUUAAUUCAUCUUUAUAUUGACCUUGUACAUAUAUACAAACAACAAAUACUAUAACAUCGUCCAAUAUGCGACUUUUAGUAUUGUGUAUAUCACUGAUUCUCGGUGUGUUCGGUCAAAAUGAACAAAUUGAUGAAGAUACUAGGAAGAAAAUAGAAGAGAUCUUUCCUAUAACGAACAAUAACUUUGCUCCAGACUUGGAAGAGGUUACAGAAUCGACUAACGGAAGUUAUGGUGCCAUGGAGCAAUGCGGUGAGGGGUCUACUAGGGGGUUAAAAAGAUGUGUAGUCUAUAAUAAAUGUGAUCCAAAGACUAAUACUAUAGUAGAAGAAGAUGUUACUUAUGGGUUUGGACAAAUCGAUAUCAGGUUUGGUAAAAAGGAGUGCGAAGAACCCCUGGACGUGUGUUGUAAAAUUAAUCCAAAUACACCCACCCCGAAUCCCGUAACUCCAGUAACCCCAGAACCAGUCACCACUCCUCCGAUCGUAAAACCCAGCUUCUGUGGCAUUAGAAACCCCAAAGGAAUCGACUUUACAAUUACUGGAAAUUUUGACAAUGAAGCCGAAUACGGAGAGUUUCCUUGGAUGGUUGCAAUUUUAAAUAAAAACUAUAUAUUACAAGGGCUUGAUAAGCCUCUUGUGUGUGGAGGUUCCUUGAUCACUCCUAAUGUUGUUUUAACUGGCGCCCAUUGUGUUUACAGGAAUAAAUCCUUUGACCUGACUGUCCGAGCUGGAGAAUGGGACACCCAAACAACGAAAGAAAGGCUACCAUAUCAAGAAAGAAACGUCAACCAAAUUAUCGUCCAUGAGGAGUUCGCUCCUGGAAUUUUACAUAACGACGUCGCGCUCUUAAUUCUCGAUGAAGCAGUAAACAAAGCAGACCAUAUUGGUACCAUUUGUUUACCGUCCCAAAACGCUAAAAUAAAUUCGAAAAACUGUUUCGUUACUGGAUGGGGUCAAAAGGAUUUCGGCAAAAAAGGAAAAUUCCAAUCUAUAUUGAAAAAAAUAGAACUACCUACAAUUGACAGGCGUAUUUGUCAAGAUGCCUUAAGAACUACCCGGCUGACAUCAAAGUUUUCUCUACAUAGCUCCUUUAUGUGUGCUGGUGGAGAAGAAGGAAAAGAUGCGUGCACAGGUGAUGGAGGUAGUCCUUUGGUGUGUCCUGAUCCUACAAAUGCAGCGAGGUACGUCCAAGUAGGAACAGUUGCCUGGGGUAUUGGUUGUGGUACUUUGAAUAUUCCAGGAGUAUAUGGUGACGUUGCUCAAUUUAGAAAUUGGAUCGACCAAAAAUUACAAAGACUUUCAAUUAGUAGUGCCCCUUAUACCGUGUAAUUCUGUACUUAUAUAUUUUGAAUAUAAUUAAUUUUUUAGACUUC